UUUUACCAUAUAUCUACCCAUUUUAUGUAUACAGCUAGCGCAUGUGUCUUUGCCUCUCUGCGUCUUCGAUGUGUUUGUUGGUGGUUUUGGUGAGCUUCUCAAUUUUGUGUAAAAUUCUAGCUUUCUGAACCAGUUUGGUUGCUAAAGAACAAUGACUGAAGAAAAAGAAGCAAAGGAGGAGGUGGCGCAGGAGUUUCGAAUUGACCCAGAGUCCGAGCUGCGUUUUGAAGUGGAAGGCAAGGAAAAAGUCACUGUGGAGUUAAAAUCUGGCCUGGCUGAGAUCUUCGGAGUUGAGCUUGUGAAGAACAAGAAGUUUGUGUUCGGAUCGGGAGCCAAGAUUGCCGUGUUUACGUGGCAUGGCUGCACCCUUGAAUUGUGUGGGAAGACCGAGGUUGCCUAUGUUGCCAAGGAGACGCCCAUGAUCUUCUAUGCCAACAUCCACGCAGUUCUGGAGCAGAUGCGACAGAAGUGCGAAGAGGACGACUCAAAGGGACCUACGGUCAUGGUGGUGGGCCCCACAGACGUGGGCAAGAGUUGUCUUUGUCGGAUUCUGCUCAACUAUGCGGUGCGCCAGGGCAGGAGACCAAUAUUCGUGGACCUCGACGUCGGGCAGGGUCACAUAUCUAUACCGGGAACCAUUGGAGCUCUGUUGGUGGAGCGCCCGGCAGAAGUGGAAGAGGGCUUCUCACAGCAGGCACCCCUGGUGUACCACUACGGCCACAGCAGCCCGGGGACCAAUGCCACCCUCUACAAUGUCCUAGUCUCGCGCCUUGCCGAAGUCAUAAACCUGCGCGCCGAGAGCAACAAAAAGGCCAGCGUGAGUGGCAUCAUCAUCAACACGUGCGGGUGGGUGAAAGGAGCCGGCUAUAAGGCGCUGACUCACGCGGCCCUUGCCUUUGAGGUGGAUGUGGUUCUGGUGUUGGACCAGGAAAGGCUGUACAACGAGCUGGCGAGAGACAUGCCCAGCUUCGUCAAAGUGGUCUUCACGCCAAAGUCUGGAGGGGUGGUGGAGCGGACCAAGUCGAUGCGGUCAGAAGCGAGGGACUCCCGCGUGAGGGAGUACUUCUACGGCCUCAAGACGCCUCUCUACCCACACUCUUUCGACGUCAAGUUUGCUGACGUGAAAAUCUACAAGAUUGGAGCCCCAUCCCUUCCCGAUUCCUGUAUGCCGCUUGGAAUGAAGGCUGAGGACAACUUCACAAAGCUGGUCCCAGUCCCAAUAGGUCCUAAUCUGCUUCACCACAUCCUGAGCGUCAGCUUUGCUGCUAGCAGCGAUGAAGACAUUCUUCAGACAAACGUUGCCGGGUUCAUCUGUGUAACUGAAGUGGACGUCGAGAGGCAGACGCUAACCGUGCUGUCACCACAGCCACGACCACUUCCCAAGGCGGUGCUCUUGCUGAGCGAAGUUCAGUUCAUGGACUCCCACUGAGGACACAAGUCACCGAGUCAUCGUGUAAAUAAAUCAUCCACCACCGUUCUAGACUUUUAGCUGCCGUAACUAAAGUAAAAACAAUGUUUUGUUGCUA